AUGUCCAAUUUCAACCACCAAGAAGCCACUCCCUCAAAUAAGAACAUCAUGCGAGCACAGAAAAGCCAGACGACUGAGUCUGCUCAAGACAGAAAUCAUGUACCUGUCCAGGGUGCCGGAUCAUUGAAUACCGUCAACAAUCUUCAAUCUCCACCAAAAGGAACCGGAAAGCGGACUUUAGAAGAGUUUAGCAUGGGCAACCAUGACCGGGAAAAUGAAGAUGGUAAGAGGCAGCGCGUUGAGCUGCACGAGCCCACAUAUGCGAAUGACAUGUCUCAACGCCCAUCUCAGGCGAAUCAACACAUGCUCCCGGGACCUGAUUCUGCUCCUAGAAGUACCGUGGACACACCCGUGUCGAUUACGAAGGACCUCGUUCCCCCUGUUCCGGAGUUGUCCUUGAGCUGGCCACUGCCAAAGGUCGUUGCGGAUCCUACAAAGCGACGUUCCAUUCGAACAUCCAUGGUUUGGAACUCACAAGAUCCUCAUCCUGAUAACCGGAAGAUGGUUGCUCUACGAAUAGAGCACGAAGAUUUGCGGUAUGUGGACUACUCCAUCGUAGACAUGCCCAUCCUCACCUGGCUACUGAUCCAGGAGCGUGUCCACAAGCUCAACGAGGCGCUGACGCACUUCAUGCCAGAAGAGCUACCUAAGCUGAGCAGAACGACCAACCCGAGGGAACACAUGAAGCCGGUUGUCAGAUGGUGCAAGGAAGAGGACUCCAUUCAGCUGCUCGUCAACUUCUGGGACUCGGAUACUAUGAUUGAGACGUUGAGGCCUUUCGCGGAAACAAAGCGCGAUCUUUCGAUUUACGAUGCGCCUCCCCAACCUCCAGCACCUUCUCAGGCAGAAGUACCCCCGCAGCCUCAGUUACAUCCCACGUCUCAACUACCUCCCCAGACUCAUGUACCUGCGAACCUGCCUCUGCACCAGCCGGAACCAAAGAGACCAUACGUGCCAGAUUGGCUACCUCCUUUCAAGGAAGGCACUAGGAUCAACGGUGCAGAGAUUCCGGUACUGGCGCAUACGCAAGAGGGACGAAACGUUCAGCCUCUGAGCGAUGUUGCCAAGGAUAAAUCCCAUGUUGUAAAUCCGACUCCACCGCCGAUGCUCAGUUUCUCGAAGAUUACUCACGUUGGUGAUUCCGUAGCAUCAACGGGGGAUCAGCAGCAGCGCCAGACUCCCACGUCGUCUCCUGCCUCGUCGACAUCGACAAAGCGGAAGCCAGUAGAUGAGGAGCAAUCGGAGAACAUUGGACAGGCGAAUAAGAGACAGAAAACGCAAGAGCCGCCUGAGGUUGGCGAGGAGUUGUUUGCAGACGUGAGGAACGGGAAAUGGACCUACGAGGAGAUGUCUGCAGCCCUGCAUUCUGGAUUGGCUCAAGGCACCGUGUCAGGGCCUACAGUGCCCAACUCAGAGUCCAUGAGAGAUAAUUCUGGGCAUCUGGCCAUCUUGAAUCAGGUGCCCCAAGUGCUUGGCCAAGAAUCUCUGUUCAAAGUCGAAGAGGGUGAGUACUACCCCGAGCGUUUCGACCCCCAGAAACCCGAGGAAUACCAAAAUAUGCUCGCCCUUACCGAACCAAAUGUCCCGAUGAGGGUUAAUCCUUUCACACUGGGUUGUAAUGGUGUUCGUCGACCUCAAGAUGUCGACUAUCGCGCAUUGCCAGAAGUGCGCAACGUGGAGGCCUUGAACCGGCGACUGAGCUCAGUCCUCCCACGCGAUACAAGAGUUCCCCAGCUGCUCGGAGAGAUGCCAAUACCACCAGCGAACAUAAUCUCGGAGCUGACCCGCUGUGCGCGCUUUGCACAAUCAGAUGCGCAGAAGCGAGUGGAUUGGCGCUUACAUCCUGCUCAUGUAUAUGAGAUCGUGCAGCGCAGCAACUACUUCGGUCUGGAGCUACUGAUUAGCAGAAGCGAUAUUGUAGUAUCUUCGCCUGCAACCCGGGAAGAGCUUGACAUGGCCAUGGCGAUGCGUUUCGCUCAACAGUUGUUUGGCAAAGACCCCAUAACGUUUGUCGCAGCCGAUAUCCCUACGAUAACUGCAUACCUGGAGGGUGAUAUUCCUUCAGCAAUGUUUCUCACCAUUGCAGAAGACGACAAUGUCUUUGGUGACUUUGUUGAAGAACUUGCCAAAAGGUUCUUGGAAGACUAUCCGCCAAUUGACAAGUCUGGCCAAGUCGCAUGGAUGAAUCUGCAUAGCCAAGCGAAGUACCCGAACUCUUUGCAGACGAAGGUGAUCGAGCUCAUUCUGAAUAAGAUCUCUGGGUUAGGUAUGGAUGUCCAGGAUGAACCAGAAAACUCGCUGGGCGAGGACAUCUAUGCUAACUCGCAGGUAAAUGAAAAUGCUGGUACGAGUAGCUUCAUAAACUUGGAGUCAUCUCGCGAGGUUCUCUCUCUGGUUGAUGAUCGCAGUGAAAAUUCGGUCACCGCAGUGGAUGAGGUUCUGGCUGCUCAUCUGGCAAAAAGCCAAGCAUCGAGUCCGGUGAUGAACACGAUAAAUGACCAGACCGUCGUCCCAGAUGUAUCCACAGUCAACGACAUCCCAAAAGCUGCACCCAUGGUAGAUGAUGAGACCGGGAACCGAGGCACGUACUUACCCCAAAACGACGAGGAUACUCAGGCUAGCGUCUCGUCCCAUGCAGCAGUGGGUAGCGGGCCGGAGGAUAUUUCUCCACAGGUCCCACAAGAUGGUGACGUAGAAGGCGCCGCACUCCAUGAAGGGGGCUGUAUUUCUCAACCUACCGCAUCUGAAAACCUCCAGCAACAGCCCUUGGAUGUUACAAAGGCGCACGGGCAAUGGGUCAUGGACAGUGCUGGCUUUGGGAAAUUUGCAGCAUACCCCCAUUAUCAGCCCUCCGAUGAUCCCAGCUGGAAUGAGUGGGUACAGGCCAAUAACCGGAAUAUAUUCGGGUGCGGAGCAUGA